AAGAUGCGCAUAAAGAUUGGUCAUAUUGGAGCAUUGGGAGCUUUGAAGAACGAUGUCGCUAUUCUCGAUAUAUCUCACAAAUCACUCAUCAAAGAAAAAAUUCUUGACGACACUUUUGACGUGGAGUCGGUUUGA